CUCAGCUCCCGGUUAUGCGUUCAUAACCCCGGUUCUCAGUCCGGUUAUUUUGCGUCCCUUCUAAAGAGGGAGAGGGGUGAAGAGGAUCGGCGUAGCGGGGGAGACAGCCACCACGCACCAUGCGACAAGCAGACUGUUAAAGGGAGAGGAGCGCAAAGUCAUUGACGACGGGGACUACAAUGAAUGACAUCGGUGGAGAUGGAGGCGAUUCAUUUGCUUUCCAUGGCCUCCACAAUGGCGCCACCCUCAAGAAGAUAGGAGUGGCAGUGGGUGGCUGGCAGAUCAAAGCUGUGCGGGCAGAACUGACCGACGGGCGUGUGGGGACCUUUGGACGGUCAGACACUUUUCACAAAGAGUUUACGUUCAGCCCGCACGAGCGCAUCACCGAGCUGUCCCUGUGGGAUAACGGUGUCGGGACACGUCUGGGUGGCAUCAGGUUCGGGACGAGUUCUGGACGCCAGUUCUCAGCGAUCAUGACUGAAUGGCCGCUGGUCACCGAGUUCUCUAUCGAUGUGGGGUCUGGAGUCUGCCUGGGGUUGGAGGGGAGAUUUGGUCAUGACAUCGACAAAAUGGGAUUCCGCUUCAUAAAUGCCAUCCAGUCGUCUGUGCUAAGCGACAUGACCUAUCCCAGCCUGGCCGUGUACACACCCCAGGCAAACAAAGAAUGCAUAAAAACGGUGUCAUAUCACAAUGGCAGUACUGUGGCUCAAGAGCAUAAAUGUGCGUACAGCAGAUCUGUGACCAAGUCUACCACCUGGAGCACCACCACUAAGAUUGAGUCCACCGUCAGCAUGUCUGUUAAAGCAGACAUCCUGGGAAUGGUGGAGGUGUCUGGUGGGUUUUGCGUGACCAGGGGAGCGGAGCAGAACUCCUCAAUGACCGCCUCUGAGACCAUAACCGAAUCAGAUGAGUUCAAUGUGACGGUCCCGGCAGGAAAGACCGUGACAGUUGAGGUGUCAGUGGGACGAGCAGUCAUCGACCUCCCCUACUCGGCCAAAGUGAAGAUCACAUGCCUGAAUGGCUGCGAGCUGCACUUCCAAACCACCGGCCGCUACAAUGGUGUGGCUUACACUGCAGUGGUAGCAAAAGUCACUGAGUCCGAUUAUAUGGAGGUGUCAGGGUGUGUGUGUUUCCCUGUGUUUCCCUCCUGUGUUGAUUACUGUUCCCUCCCCUAAUGUGUCUCAGCUGUUCCUCGUUGUGUUUGUUAUUUAAGCCCUCGUCUUUCCUUUGUUCCUUGUGCUGUCAUUGUGGUUGUGUGUGGUUUAUCGUGGUUUGCUGUGGUUAGUGUUGGUGGUUAGUCUUGCGUGUUCCGUGUUCCUUGUUCCCUCCCGAGUUCCGAGUUGUCUCCCGAGUUUCCUGAUUCUUGUGCCUUAGCGCUUAGGCUUGAAUAAAGUGCAGUUUUCGAGAAACCGUCUGCGUUUGGGUCCUACCUGCCUGCCUGCACCCGCAGCUCCUUUUAACAGAAGGAUGUCGAAUAAGAUGCAUCAACAUCUUACUGUGCAGUUUUAAUAUUAAUUGCUUAACAUUGGUUUGAUUGCUAAUGUAGAGUGACCGUCACAGAUAAAUAAAUCAUCAUAAACCUGCUUGGGUUUCCA